AUGGAAGCCCUACCGCCCCCUGCUCCGCUGGUGCUCGCUGAGAACGCGGCAGCCAAUUGGAAGAAGUUCAGGCAACGCAUCGAGCUAUAUUUCGUAGCCACGGAGGCCAUUGAUGUCUUCAACACUUUUCGACUUACGUCUGCCCAAGCGGAGGACUACGAUGUGCUGGUGCGCAAGUUCGAAGAGUACUGCGCACCACGACAGAAUGAAACAUUUGAGCGAUACGUCUUCCGCAUGCGACUCCAGAAUGAAGAUGAGCCAUUUGAACAGUUCUUGCGGGACGUGCAGCUCAAGGCGCAGUCGUGUAACUUUGGCGAUCUCAAAAACUCCAUGGGGCGUGACCAGUUAGUCUGUGGAACUCGGGACAAAAAGUUGCGCAACAGGCUGCUGCGCGAGAAGGACUUGACACUCGAGAAGGCCAUUGAUUUCUGCAAAGCGGCGGAGGCUGCCACGAGCCAGGCGCGAGUAUGGGAACAGGCAGAGACGGCACAGGUGAUCGGCGCAGUGGAAGGAAAGUUAGACGGGCCGUCUCGGAGCAAGACUUUGCGGCGGUGCAACUUCUGCGGCAGCUGUCACCCGCCGCGAAAAUGUCCGGCAUGGGGAAAGAGGUGCGUGGUGUGCCGAAAACUGAACCACUUCGCGGCGUGCUGCAGAGCGAAGAGAAGCGUUCAAGAAGUUGAGUGUCCUGAAGAAAAGUCGGAAGAUGAUUUUGAAAUAUUAGACGUGCAUAAAGCCGGCGUCGCCAGCUCGAACGAUUGGAUCGUCCCGGUUAAAGUUGACACAGAUACAGUGCACAUGAAGGUCGACACGGGAGCCCAGGCGAAUUUGUUGCCGUUAUCUUUAUACCGGAGACUCAAGCGAAAGCCACCGUUGCGCCCCAGCCAGACGGUUCUUUCAGGCUAUGGAGGCAAUGCUAUACAGCAUGUUGGUAUAACGGUGCUGCCUCUUCAAGUGGGCGAUAAAUGCGAACAGCUGGUUUUCUAUGUGGUGAAGAAGGGCAAACAGGCAUUACUCGGCCUUGAGGCAUGUGAGAAAUUCGGCUUUAUAGCACGAGUCCGGUCAGUGUCACAAGAGGAAGGAAUGGACAAGCAGCGGAUUAUUGAAGAGUUUCCCGCUCUAUUCCGUGGCCUAGGAUGUACGAGACGGAAAUACAGGAUCAGCCUGAAAGACGAUGCGCGACCUAUAGCGCUACCAUCGAGGAGGGUGCCACACGCACUGAAGGAGCCCCUGCGCCAGGAGUUGGACCGCAUGGAGGCGGAGGGCAUUAUAACUCGGAUGCAGGACCCAACUGAUUGGGUAAGCCCGCUUGUCAUCGUAACUAAGAAAAAUGGGAGAUUAAGAGUGUGCAUGGGCCCGCGGCGUGUGAAUGAGGGUAUCCGAAGGGAGCACUACGAGCUGCCCCGAAGAGAGGACAUUGAGGCAGAGCUGGCCGGAGCCAGGUAUUUUAGCAAACUGGACGCUAAUAGAGGCUUCUACCAGAUACCUCUAGAUGACUAUACGUCCUGCAUUUGCACGUUUAGCACGCCGUUUGGCCGGUACCGGUUCCUGAGGCUUCCAUUUGGGCUGAGUUCAGCGCCGGAGGUUUUUCAGAAAGCCAUGAGUGAUGCCCUGGACAACCUCUCGGGGGUGCGAGUCUACAUAGAUGACAUCUUAGUAUGGGGAGCAACCAGGGAGGAGCACGAUGCCCGACUGAAGGCGGCGCUCAGAGCAAUUGAGACUGCAGGCUUUACCCUUAACCCGGAGAAGUGUGUAGUGGCCGCUGACAAGAUCAAGUUCCUAGGUGAUGUCCUCUCUAAAGAAGGAAUACGGCCCGAUCCGGAUCUGGUGCGAUGCGUAGCCAGCAUGCCCUCACCCACGUGCAAACAGGAGUUCGACUUCACCCUGCAGUUCGUGCCUGGAAAACAGCUCCUACUGGCGGAUGCGCUGUCGCGUCUGCGGAUCCCACCAGACUCAACUCGGGCAGAGGAAUAUGAAGAUGUAGCCAUACAUGCUGUGAACGUACUUUCGACCCUCGUCAGUGACGCCAUGGUAAAGAGGCUGCAGGCAGCGACGGCUGAAGAUGAAGACCUCAGGCGAGGGAUGACUGCUCUCGAGAAUCGUGAGGCCAUUCAAGGGCAGUUAUCGCCGGUGGCAGCAGAGUUGUCGGUUGUGAAUGGUAUCCAUAUGAGAGGCGCUAAAGUAAUAAUACCCAAGAAGCUACGGAAAGAAAUGCUGGACCGCGUGCACGAGGGACACCUCGGGGUGAACAAGGCAAAGGCGAGAGCUAGAGCCCUAAUGUAUUGGCCGGCUAUGCAAAAGGACAUUGAGGAAAAAACGUCAAAAUGUGAGACCUGCUGUCGCUACGCGUAUCGGCAGCCAUCAGAGCCAGUGCUAAUGAAGCCUGUCCCUUUGUCGUAG